AUGGACGCGGUAGCCAGCCUUCUGGGGAAUGCAAGCGGCAUCCCUCCUCCCUGCGAACUCGGGCUCGACAAUGAGACGCUCUUCUGCCUGGAUCAGCCCCCGCCUUCCAAAGAGUGGCAGCCGGCGGUGCAGAUCCUGCUGUAUUCGCUGAUUUUCCUGCUCAGCGUGCUGGGGAACACGCUGGUCAUCGCAGUGCUCAUUCGCAACAAGAGGAUGAGGACCGUCACCAACAUCUUCCUGCUCUCCCUGGCUGUCAGCGACCUCAUGCUGUGCCUCUUCUGCAUGCCCUUCAACCUCAUCCCCAACCUGCUCAAGGAUUUCAUCUUCGGCAGCGCCUUGUGCAAGACCACCACCUACCUGAUGGGCACCUCCGUGAGUGUCUCCACCUUCAAUCUGGUAGCCAUAUCGCUGGAGAGAUACGGGGCGAUUUGCAAACCCUUGCAGUCCCGGGUCUGGCAGACAAAAUCCCACGCCCUGAAGGUGAUUGCCGCUACCUGGUGCCUCUCGUUCGCCAUCAUGACUCCGUACCCCAUUUACAGCAACUUGGUGCCUUUCACCAAAACUAACAACCAGACCGCAAAUAUGUGCCGCUUUCUACUGCCAAGUGAUGUCAUGCAGCAGGCCUGGCACACGUUCCUGUUGCUCAUCCUCUUUCUCAUUCCCGGAAUUGUGAUGAUGGUGGCGUAUGGAAUGAUCUCUCUGGAACUCUACCAAGGAAUAAAAUUUGAUGCUAGCCAGAAGAAAUCUGCGAAAGAAAGGAAAGCCAGCACAGGCAGCGGCCGGUUCGAGGACAACGACGGGUGUUAUCUGCAGCGGUCCAAGCCCACGAGGCAGCUGGAGCUGCAGCAGCUGUCCGGCGGCGGCGGCGGCGGCGGCGGCGGCGGCGGCGGCGGCGUGGGCCGCAUCCGGAGCAGCAGCUCGGCGGCCACGCUGAUGGCCAAGAAGCGGGUGAUCCGCAUGCUCAUGGUCAUCGUGGCCCUCUUCUUCCUGUGCUGGAUGCCCAUCUACAGCGCCAACGCCUGGCGGGCCUACGACACGGUCUCGGCCGAGCGCCGCCUGUCGGGGACGCCCAUCUCCUUCAUCCUCCUGCUCUCCUACACCUCCUCCUGCGUCAACCCCAUCAUCUACUGCUUCAUGAACAGGCGCUUCCGCCUCGGCUUCAUGGCCACCUUCCCCUGCUGCCCCAACCCAGGGCCCCCGGGGCCGAGGGCAGAGGCGGGGGAGGAGGAGGAAGGCCGAACCACCCGGGCGUCGCUGUCCAGGUACUCGUACAGCCACAUGAGUGCCUCCGCGCCACCGUCGUGA